CCUCCUUGAGGUUAUUGAAAAACAAUCGGAAUUCACUAAGACAUGUACUGAAACAAGGAUAAAUAUAAAUGGUAGUUAAAAAAAGCUAUGCGUCUGCUUUUUUUUUCUCAAGUCUAGGAAAAACGCAAAAAUAGAUAAAUAGUCGUAAAACAAAUAAAGAGAAUUAUGGCUAUAAUAAAUUCACUAUACUUAUAUUGUACUGGGUGGAAAGCAACACAACAAACAUAUCAGUAUUGUAGAAAUCCUUUACAUCAUCAUAAAAAGCUUUUUAAUCCACGACAACGUGGGUCGAAUUCAGUUCGACUACUGUCAGGACCUAAUGCUAAAAGUAAUAAUAGAAGUAUUUAUGGUUGUAAUAUGCGCAACAACAGUCAUACUGAUAAUACUGGUAAUUCGAAAAAGUCGAAAACAGUAAAUUCAAGUUAUUCAACAAGUAUCAUGAACUGUGAACAAGAUUCAUUUCGAGACAUUAAAUUAUGUUCCAAUUAUUCUGAAAAUACAAAGUUUGGAUUAAUGAAAAUUAUACGUACCUGUAACCUGAUGAGUUUUCUAUUAAAUGAGAAACAAAUGUGCUCAAAGCAUUUUGAAUUGAUUAAAUUAUUUAUUGAACAGUUACAAACAAUAAUAGAACAUUUAGAAAAGGAUAUUGAUAAUACAUUAAAAAACUUGGUAAAUUUUAGUAUAGAUAUAUUUUCGGAGAAAAUUGUCACUAAGGGAUCAAAGUAUUUGAAGACAAUAAUUAAUUGUUCCGAAUGUAAUAAGAAAUCUUUCAUCGAUUCGCCACUGAUGAAACACUUCAAUAAUGAAUCAUUCAACACUGAACACUGCGAUCAUUACUAUAAUUCAACAAAACUGGGGCAAUCUAAAUCACAGAACGACACAUUGGAUGACAAUAAAAUUAAAAGUCCUUCUAAUUGUAAAACAAACAGAUUUUGGAGCCAUCUUUUGUCGCAUACAAAGAUAAAUUGUCAUCAAAUGGCAGAUGUAACAUAUUCAGAUACUUCCUUUCAGUUUUAUCCAACUAAGUGUGUACUUGAAUCCAUAUCAUCAUUGUCAUCUGACUCAUGUUCAUUACCUCUAUUCUGUUCCACCAACUACUUGUCUUCCUCUUCAUCCUCCUCAUCCUCAUCGUCAUUAUUGUCACCUUUAUCUUCACCACACACAUAUUCGACUUGUACAUCAGUUUCCAACAAUUCAGUUCAAUCACCAGAAGAAGAAACUGUGGAAAAAUUAAAUUUUAAACAAAUCGCGAUUUAUCAUUGUCAAACUUUAAACGAUUUAAAUAGAAAUGUAGGACUUGAAAAUAAACAGAUUAAUGAUAAGCUAUUUAUGUAUCAUCCAAUUAAUGUCAAUGACGAGGAAUACAAGAAACAGAAUAGUUCAUUGAAAAAAUCCGUAAGUUUUAUGACAGUGUUCAAUUUGUUUUUGUUAAAAACAAUGGAACUAUUUAAUUACAAUUAAUCGCAAAGACUUAACCUAAAAAUGAAUGUAACUAAUUACCAGCCAUUUAGUUGCAGGUUUCAAUUUAAAUUUGUAUUGACUAUUCUGGGCUAUAUCGUGAUAAAUGUAUCUGAGAUAAUACUUUUAUAGUAUACAACAAAUAGUUCCUUCACGAAACUUGUAUGUGUUGAAUAACCCUCUUCCUUCUGGUUGGUUUCCAAUAGUCUUAAGAAAUAUUAUCCACAAGUUACAUUGAUUUAUUGUUCCCUGAAUGUUAUCGUACCUAUAAAGAAUCUUAAAGGUUUCGGGUUCAAACCCAUGUGUGGUUAUUAUUGAGUACAAAUAAGAAUUCUCCAAAUUGGAUAAAGCAGCUGACCAAUAAUUCCUAGUUCUCAACGAUCAACUGUGAUGAAACUCAUAUUCAAAGUACGUAAGAUGUGUAGUGAAUUUUACGUGUUCAGGGUGACAAUUUGAAACUGUUCUAUGUUCCGUAACCCUUAUUUGCCUUAAUUUGACUUUUAACUGUUCGAUACUCAUAAAUACUUCAUAACUCUGUAAACAACUAUGGAAUAAUUUCAGCUGGUCAAUUGUCCGUAAGUUGAUAUCAGUUCGUACUGAGAGCCACGUUAAAACUGGCAAAAAUCCUUCCUCUUUUAUAUAUGUUAGUGUUGAUCAGAGUUAAAUGAAUAAGGUUUAAAUCUAUUAAUAUGAUAGCUAGCUUUAUUUCUUUGCACAUUGGAUUGCUUCCAAUUGAUUUGUAUUUAGGUUUAUUUUUCGAAUGAAUUGAAUGAUAAGUUGUAUCAUAUUUCAGUUUGUUCGAGUAUUCGUUCUUCAAACAUUCCACUACUAUCCUUCGAUCAGCAAAAGGUGCUCCCUUAAUACACAUCUACACAUAAUGAUGAUAUUUAUUUUUUGACUGGUAUGAACUAAGAGACGUAUUUUGUUACCUUAUAUUUUCAAAAGUAUAAAUCUUUAUAUCCUAUUCAAUAGACUGUUAUUGGUAUUGGAGAUGUUUUGAUUAUAGUCUUUUGUUUAUGGUUAUGUAGUGAUGUAAUUUGACCAUUGUUUUUAAAGUAAGAGACACUAGUAUUCGUCGUAUUAUUGAUGCCUAACCCUUCCCCAUAAAAAAUAUUAGCUUUACAAAAAUGGUAUCAAUAGAACAUUUUAUAUCUUUUAAUAAUCUGCUUAAAAGUAACUGGAUUGGUUUAUGUACAUUUGCUUAAAAAAGUUUCUCAAGUGAUGAAAAAAGAGACUAACAAAUUGUUUAGCUAGACAGAAAACUUCACUUCUAUUAUAACUAUUGAUUAUAGUAGAGUGAUGUGAUAAUGGUAAUAACACCAACUAAAGACUGUUGUACAAUAGGUUUUAGUUCUGUAGACCAUAGAAUUUUACACCCGUAACUCUAUAUUGAGUUCAACCUAGCAUGUCUAGGUCUUUUCUGAAGAGAACAACACUUUCAAGUGAUUGAUUUGGAACCCAAUGAUUUACAGACCUUCUGUUUUCGAUUAAGGUGCUU